GACGGACUCGGCAGCCCAGCAAGUCGCUCCUACCGGAGCGGGCCGCCUCCAUGGCUUCCAAGAAGGUCGGCCCGGACCGCGUAAGGUCCUAGGGGCUGGGAUUCCGGGAAGCAGGGAGCAUGGUGGGGGUCUUAGCCAUGGCGGCUGCAGCUGCACCCCCUCCCGUGAAGGAUUACGAGAUCGAGCCAUGCAAAAAGCGAAGGAAAGAUGGUGACAGAUCUUCAUGUAAAACAAUUACAAAGUAUUUAUCACCAGUCGGGAAGACUGGAGGCAGAGUUUUUGCUUCACCGAAACCCAGUAAUAUUCUGGAUUAUUUUAGAAAGACUUCACCCACAAAGGAGAAGACAAAAUCAACGAGAGAGUGCAAGAUAAAGUCAUCUGCAUCAUUGCCCAUUGACAGUAGCAAAGACUAUAAGGCACCUUUGGAAAUGUUCUCAAAUAAAGAGUUUAAGAAGAAAGGAAAGAAGGUUAAUUUAUCUCAUCAACUAAAUAAUAUUAAAACUGAAAAUGAAUCUCCAAUUGAAAUUAAUAGUGAUGAUAGCAAAGAAGAUUCUAGUUUAAAUAACAAUUUUGUGGAAAGUAGUACUUCUGUUUCACUUUACAAGAAACAUGUAGAGGUACUUGCAGAAAGCAUCCAGGAUAUAAAAAAUCAGUCAAGUACUAUGACCUCCAAGAAAAAUUCUAAAAAUGUAAAUCCUCAACAAGGGACCACGAAAAAUGAUUGCAAAAAGUUGAGAAAAAGGAAGCGCAGAGAUGUGAUAGAUCUAUCUGAAAGUUUACCCUUGGCGGAGGAAGUAAAUCUGCUUAAAAAAGAUGGUGAAGAUAGUAAACAGAUCAUGCCUUUCCUGACUAAUGAAAUUGAGACUACUACAAAUAAUGUAAACUCUAGAGAUAAUGUAACUAAAAUAGCCCAGUUAAAUGAUAAUACAAUAACUGUGUCAUAUGAGGAAUUUUUAAAAAGUCACAGGGAAAAUAAAGUGGAACAGAUACCGGACUCAACAAUGUCAAUUUGUGUACCUUCUGAAACUGUUGAAGAAAUAGUCAAAGGUGGUUAUAUAAGUGAUACAGAAAACUGUGAAAUUUCCCAGCAUCUACACUUUAAGACAGUUACUGUUCUUGCACAAGUUCACCCUAUUCCCCCCAAAAAGAUGGGGAAAAUACCUCAAAUUUUCUUGAAACAAAAGCAACUUGAAAUGGAAAAUAGUCUAUCUGAUCCUGAGAAUGAACAGACAAUUCAGAAAAGAAAAUCUAAUGUUGUUAUACAGGAGGAAGAAUUAGAAUUGGCAGUGUUGGAAGCCGGAAGUUCUGAAGUGGCAAAACCAAAAUGUACUCUAGAAGAAAGACAGCAAUUUAUGAAAGCAUUUAGGCAGCCAGCAUCAGAUGCACUUAAAAAUGGAGUUAAAAAGUCUUCUGAUAAGCAGAAAGACCUUAAUGAAAAAUCUCUAAAUGAGGAAGGAAGAGAUAAUAAUUCUAAAAAAAUCAUGGAAAAUCCUGGUAUUCAAAUAGUUUCAAAUAAUGACAAUUCACAAUCACAUACUGAUAAAGGAAGUUUUCCUAAGGCGAAAAGUAAAAAACUAAAGAAAAAGGGUAAGAAAACAUUAGAUACCGGGGCUAUUCCAAGUGAAAACCUAGAGGGAAAUACUCAAAAGAAAGAAACAACCUUAUCCUUAAAAGGUAAACAAAAUCAAAAUAGGAUAAGAAUGAGUUUAAGACAAAAGAAAACAGAAGUUUUCAAAAGCAGCACUUUAUUUAACAGUGAAAGUAUUGUUUGUGUAGCAAGUGAUGACCCUUUAAAGAUUUCCCGUUUGUGUAACAAUAAAUCAUCAAGAAAAACCAGCACACCAGUUAAAGAUGAUAAGGUUAUGUGUUCUAAAGCUGAACCUGAAGACAGCUUGGUAAUUGUUUCCACGCCCAAGUCAGCCAGAAGGUCUGUAAGAAGUAGAAGCAUGCCUACUCCAGUAACCAUUAGAGAUAUUGAUUCCAAAGAUGCACAAGAUAAUAGUCCAGUAAAGGCUUCCACUCCAAAAGCAGCCAGCUUAUCAGAAAAGCAUAGCUUAUAUACAGCGGAAUUAAUAACAGUACCUUCUGAUUCAGAGAGCCCUAUUAGAAUGAAAUUCACCAGAAUUAGUACUCCCAAAAAGUCUAAGAAAAAAUCUAAGAAAAGAUCUGAGGAAUCUGAAGCAACUGAUGGAGAUUUUACUUCUCCAACUAGAAAGGCAAGCAAUGCUUCAAAAAAUAUAUCAAAAGCAAAACAAUUGAUUGAAAAAGCAAAAGCUUUGCACAUCAGUAGAUCAAAGGCCACUGAAGAAAUAGCGAUACCCUUAAGGCGUUCCUCUAGACAUCAGACACUUCCUGAAAAGAAGAAAUUGUCAGAAAUAGAAGACUCGGUAAUAAUAAUAGAUUCAAGUCCUCCUUCUUCAAAGCAGCCAGAGAAAAAUCAGAAGAAACUUCAGUGUUUGAAUGAUGUGCUUGGAAAAAAACUUAGCAAGUCUACUAAAAAUGUACCAGGAAACAUGAAAGUUGCUCCUUUAUUUCUUCCCAGAAAACCACAAAAACCAGUCGAUCCUAUUGUUGGUUUUGAUGAAAGAAGUCAAGAUACAUCUGAAAAAUCUCAGGAUUGCAACAUACAAUUUAAAGCAAAACGUGACUUCCUAAUGAGUGGUUUACCAGAUUUGUUGAAACGACAAAUUGCAAAGAAAGCUGCUGCAUUGGAUGUAUACAGUGCAGUGAGUGCCAGUUUCCAGAGAGUUGUUCAUGUACAACAAAAGGAUGAUGGGUGCCAUUUGUGGCAUUUGAAACCACCUUCUUGUCCUCUCUUAACUACAUUUAAAGAACUCAGUACUAAAGUAAUAGAUCUUUCAAAAUGUGUUAUUGCUCUUGGUGAAUUUUCAACGUUGAAUUCAAAUUCAAAAAGCAGUAAUUCUGCAGUUGUGCCCCAAGGAGCAUUUUAUUCUUUAUUGCAGUUUAUGAGGACACGGAAAGAUUUUACUGAAGAAGUAAGAAAUGUUUUGCUGGAGGAAAUUAGGUUGUCAAAUCCUGAAUUUUCUUUGAGAAAAUAUUUUCCCUUGCUUCUAAAAAAACGAAUUGAGCACCAGGUACUUUCUGAGUGCCAUGGUAAACAAGAAAGUCCACAGCAAGAGCCUGAUGUCAAUCAAAAAGAAACCAAAAGGAAACGAGUAGAAACAGGAAAUCAUAAGUCAAAAAGAAAGAAACCAAAUGAAAAUUCAGGAAGUCCAGAAAAGAUAAAUGGGAAGCCAGAAGAACUUGACAAAAGAAACAAGUCUUCUAGUAUCAAGAUAGAUUCUUCCAAAGAUUCUAGAACUGAAGACAUGCUCUGGACAGAGAAGUAUCAACCUCAGACUUCCAGUGAACUCAUAGGCAACGAGUUAGCUAUAAAAAAGUUACAUAGCUGGUUGAAAGACUGGAAAAGAAGAGCUGAAUUGGAAGAAAGACAAAAUUCGAAGGGAAAAAGAGAUGAGAAACAGGAAGAUUUGUCGGCUAGCAUAGACUUUAAAGGCAGUUCAGAUGAUGAAGAAGAGAGUCGCCUUUGCAAUACUGUUCUUAUAACAGGGCCAACAGGAGUGGGAAAAACUGCUGCAGUGUAUGCUUGUGCUCAGGAGCUUGGAUUUAAGAUAUUUGAAGUGAAUGCCUCUUCCCAGCGCAGUGGUAGACAAAUUCUAUCUCAGCUGAAGGAAGCUACUCAGUCCCAUCAAGUAGACAAGCAAGGUGUAAACUCACAAAAACCUUGUUUUUUUAAUAGCUACAACAUAGGCAAGUCACCAAAAAAAUUAAGCUCCCCUAAGAAAGUUAUUACAUCACCAAGAAAACUUCCACCAUCACCCAAAAGUAGUGGACCAAAGCGUGUACUUCCACCUAAAACGCUAGCAAAUUAUUUUAAAGUAUCUUCCAAACCAAAAAAUAAUGGAGAAAUAGAAGCACUUCUAGAAAAUAAUAAAGGAGUCAAAAAGUUUUUUGAACAGAAACAAAUUACUGAGAUUAAAUCUACAAGUGCAACUAAUUUAAAUGUCAAAGAAUUUGGAUCUGAGGAACCCAGCAAGAAAAAUGCAACAUCUCUUAUUCUUUUUGAGGAGGUUGAUGUAAUUUUUGAUGAAGACGCUGGGUUUUUGAAUGCAAUCAAAACAUUCAUGGCAACAACUAAACGACCUGUAAUCCUUACUACAAGUGAUCCAACAUUUAGUUUAACAUUUGAUGGUUGCUUUGAAGAAAUCAAUUUCAGUACUCCUUCCCUGCUAAAUGUUGCCAGCUACCUACAAAUGAUCUGCCUAACUGAGAAUUUUAGAACUGAUGUGAAAGACUUUGUAACCUUGGUAACUGCAAAUACUUGUGAUAUCAGAAAAAGUAUCCUUUACUUACAAUUCUGGAUUAGAAGUGGAGGUGGAUUUUUAGAAGAAAGGCCAUUAACCCUUUGUCGAGGAAAUAGCAGAAAUGUACUAGUUUCCUCUGAAGAUGGCCCUGAUUCCAAAAAUAACCCUAAAAAUACUAAAAAGAAUCGUGCAGAUGUUCCCAAAUGUGACAGUGGCUGUGUUGAGACCUUGUUUGGCCUUAAGAACAUUUUUUCCCCUUCUGAAGACUUAUUUUCAUUUUUAAAGCACAAAAUUACAACAAAGGAAGAAUGGCAUAAACUCAUCCAGCUUCUUACAGAAUUCCAAAUGCAGCAUGUAGAUUUUUUGUAUAGUAAUCUUGAGCUCAUUCUACCAUUACCAGUUGAUACUAUUCCAGAAACAAAAAACCUCUGUGGCUCAUCAGUAACUGUGGAUGCCAGUGCAGCAACAAAACGUAUGAAAUGUCUUGCUAGGAAACAUUCUGGAGAGCAGCCAUUGAAAAAGUCAAAAAAGAAGAAAAAAAAGAAAAAGAUGGUAGUAUUAGAUGAUAGUGACUUAUUUGACACUGAAUUGGGCUUUCCUGAUGAAUUUGUUAGCCUAUCCACUGUGCCUUCUUCCUCAAAUUCAGAAGAAAGCAAAGCCAGAGACAAAGAACGCAAUCCAGAGACAAAGAAACUAAACAAAUGUUUAGAGUCUAACAUUGAAUCUAUUUCUCAUCCUCCUAAAACACCAGCAGAAAGAAAACAUUCUGCCCUUGUUGCUCAUUGUUUAAAUUCUCUCACUGAGUUCAUGGAUAACAUGUCCUUCUUAGAUGCCCUUUUAACUGGUGCAAAGGGACAAAAGGAAUUUGGUAAAAAUGACUUUAGUUGGACAAAUGGAAAGGUUAAAAGUGGACUUUGUGAUGAGUUUAGUCUUGAGAGUAAUGAUGGAUGGACUUCUCAAAGCUCUGGAGAAUUAAAGGCAGCUGCAGAAGCUCUCAGCUUUACUAAAUGUUCUUCCACCAUUUCAAAAGCAUUGGAAACCUUGAGUUCUUGCAAGAAAUUAGGAAGAGAUCCGACCAACAAUCUUACUUUUUAUGUUUCACAAAAGUGCAAUAAUGUAUACUUUAAUCAGACAGCAGCUAAUUUAGAUAAUGCUUGGAAGAGGAUAGCAGUAAUUAAAAGUGUAUUUUCUAGUCGAUCUCUUCUGAACCUGGGUAAUAGACAAGCUAGUAUUAUUGAAUACUUGCCAACUCUUCGAAACAUUUGUAGAUCUGAGAAACUAAAAGAACAAGGAAAAAGUAAAAGAAGGUUCCUGCACUAUUUUGAAGGAAUUCACCUUGACAUCCCGAAAGAGACUGUGAAUACUUUGGCAGCUGACUUCCCUUAAUAUUCUGCAAUGAUGCCUUGUACAGAUUAUUGUCCUUAGAAUGCAUUUUUAUAUUAUGUUGAUUUUCAUGGAAAAGUUUAUUUCUCUUAAUGUACAUUUAAAACAGACAAUUUGUAUAUUUUUUAUUGGUGUGCAAAUAUUUAAGACAAAAAAUUUUGAGUUACAAAUUGUAUAUAUGAUUGUGGUAGUAUUUUUUUUUUUCUGAAUUUUUUGUAUUAUCUAACUUAGCUUUCUUAGAAUUUUUGUAUGUGAGUGAGCUGUUUCUGGAAGGAAGAGCUCACUAAGAUAUUUCUAAAGAUGUUUCAAUGCUAAAUUAAUGUAUAAUUUUUCCCGUUCAUGUUACCCUUAAUCCACCCAUCAAGUAUGAAUCACCUAAUGGUAAUCUUUUAAAAAAAAGCUUACAUAAUACAAAAUAUAAAAUACAUAAGUAAUACAUAAGAAAACUUCCUAGGAAGAAAAUUAUGCAUCAUUUUUCAAAAAGUAAGAUCUUCCUGAUAAAUUUAUUCCUAGUAUACUCCAACAGGAUAUUUUACCAUUGAAUCAUUGAAUGUUGACAAAGUAAAAUCAAGAUUAUGAAUUAUACUUUUCAUAAAUCUUUUUUAGCACCCAUGUGGUAUCUUUUAUAUUUUGCCAACUCAAAUCAUUUACCUUGUAUGUGUUUCUUAUAUUUUUGUAUCACUGAUGUUUUACUUCAUAAAAAUGUUAAUAACAUUAAUGUCUAUUUUGGACAAACUGCUAUUCAUUAAAACUAACAAAAGAGGAUUCUGCUGUAGGAUUUCUACAUAAUAGCCAUUUCCACUUAAGGUUAUGUUUUUGGAAAAAAGUAUUGUUAAUAACAAGAUUUCAAAAUGUCACAUUUCACUUAAAAUCAUUUUGCAAUCAGAUAAUCAGGUGUUUUAAAGUAGCUCCCUAUUUCCAGUGUUUGUAUUUUAUGUUGGUUUAAUAUUCAUACAUUAUAUGGUGAAUUAUUUUUAACUCAAAAGGAUCCUAAUAUUGUACAGUUUUGAAAAGUACAGAUGCAUACCUGUUUACAAAUGUGUAUGAAAAUAUAUGUUUUUACCUCUUA